AUGGUGAAGUCCAGCGGUAACAAGAUCAGGCCAUCCCUCAGGCAGAACUUGACCCACUUCCACGUGGUUGGUCGUGCGGCUCCAUCAAAGAAGAACCCAAAUCCCUUGAUUUACCGUAUGAAUAUUUUCGCCAAGAACGCGGUAUUGGCCAAGGGUCGUUUUUGGUAUUUUAUGCGUAAGCUGCAGAAGGCCAAGAGAUCUGGCGGUGAGAUUUUGGCUUGCAACAUCCUCAAUGAGAGCAAGCCCACCCAGGCGAAGAACUACGGUGUUUUGUUGCGUUACGAGUGCCGUACUGGUACCCACAACAUGUACAAGGAGUACCGUGACACCACCUUGACUGGCGCUAUUUCUCAGAUGUACGGUGAGAUGGCCGGUCGCGACAAGGCCCGUGCUAGUUGCAUCCAGAUCAUCCGUGCACGCGAGAUCGCCAACAGCGACUGCCGUAGGACUCGCACUACCCAGUUGCACAACCCCAAGCUCAAGUUCCCUAUCCUCAAGCCUCAGCCUUAUCUCAACAAGGCCAACCGCCAGCUGUUUGUUGGCACAAGGCCUUCUCUUGACUACUGA